UGUUCCUCCUUCAAAAAAAGAAAGAAAAAGGCAGUAGAAAAUUACCCUAGACGACACUCUUUGUAUUCUGUAACGUCAAAAAGAGAGUUUGAGACAAGACACCUCCUCCUCUGCUCCUCCCACUCUCUUAUACUAUCUCUCACACAGACACAGACAUUGUGCGCGCGUCUGUCUCUUCCAUAUAUAUAUAUAUAUAUAUAAGGAAAACGAAAAGAGAAGGAGAAGAAAGUGCAAUGACAGUGAAAAUACUCUUACUUUAGCUUUUUGGACGAUCAAGACAAGUAGGCAACCAGAUGAUGAUAUACACAAAACUGGGCGAGAGAAGGAACCGAUAAUACUAUUACUGGUUCAAGACUUUGUAAAGUACGUACGUUUCUUCUGUUUCCCUCUUGCAUUGCUCACUCAAACGCGAACGUUUUCUCGUUUCCACAGCGCUGCAGUGUUUCGAAGGGAUCGGAAGAUAAAUUAUUGGCUGUUUCACGUGAAGUGGAUAGAUAGAUAGACAGAAAAUAUAUGGCGACACUGAGUGAUAUAGGAGUAGCAGCAGCUAUUAACAUUCUCACUGCGUUUGCUUUCUUCUUCGCAUUUGCAAUUCUCCGGAUUCAACCAGUCAAUGAUAGGGUCUACUUUCCCAAAUGGUAUAUCAAGGGAUUAAGGAGCAGUCCUUUUGGCACUGGUGCCUUUGUUGGCAAGGUUGUCAAUUUGGACUUCAGGUCAUAUGUGAGGUUUCUCAACUGGAUGCCUGCGGCAUUACAUAUGCCGGAACCUGAGCUCAUUGACCAUGCUGGAUUGGACUCUGCUGUUUACUUGAGGAUUUACCUGAUAGGGCUUAAGAUUUUUGUUCCUAUUGCAUUCCUGGCCUUCGCUAUCCUGGUGCCAGUGAACUGGACAAAUAGCACUUUGGAGCGUUCUAAUUUGACUUACAGUGAUUUAGAUAAGCUCUCUAUUUCAAAUAUACCCACUGGAUCAAACAGAUUCUGGACCCAUUUGGUGAUGGCCUAUGCCACUACCUUUUGGACAUGCUAUGUGCUAAAAAAAGAGUAUGAGAUAGUGGCUAAAAUGAGGUUGCAUUUUCUUGCAUCAGAAAAACGACGUCCUGAUCAAUUUACAGUACUGGUUAGAAAUGUGCCACCAGAUGCUGAUGAAUCGGUUAGUGAACUCGUGGAGCACUUUUUCCUAGUCAACCAUCCUAAUGAUUAUCUCACUUACCAGGUUGUCUACAAUGCUAAUCAACUUUCUCACCUGGUCAACGAGAAGAAAAAGAUGAAGAACUGGCUUGACUAUUAUCAAAUCAAAUAUUCAAGAAACAAAUCCAGAAUGCCCUCCCUCAAGACUGGUUUUCUUGGCCUUUUCGGGACUAGGGUGGAUGCAAUUGAUCACUAUACAUCUGAGAUUGAGAGACUGUCUAGAAAAAUCUCCUUGGAGAGAGAUGAGAUUGUGAACAAUGCCAAGGCAAUCAUGCCAGCAGCAUUUGUUUCCUUCAAAACUCGAUGGGGAGCUGCUGUUUGUGCACAAACACAACAAUCCAGAAAUCCAGCUAUGUGGUUGACUGAGUGGGCUCCUGAACCCCGUGAUGUAUACUGGGACAACCUCGCAAUUCCAUUUGUUUCACUGGCACUAAGAAGGCUCGUUAUCGCUGUCACAUUUUUCUUCCUUACUUUCUUCUUUAUGGUUCCCAUUGCAUUUGUACAGUCCCUUGCAAACAUUGAAGGAAUUGAGAAAGCACUCCCGUUCCUGAAACCUAUAAUUGAAAUGAAAGUGAUAAAGUCAUUCAUUCAAGGUUUCCUUCCUGGAAUUGCUUUGAAGAUAUUUCUUAUUUUUCUACCCUCCAUAUUGAUGCUAAUGUCUAAAUUUGAGGGAUUCAUUAGCAUAUCAGGCCUAGAGAGGAGAUCUGCGGCUAGAUAUUAUAUCUUCCAGUUCAUUAAUGUAUUUCUCGGAAGCAUAAUCACCGGAACUGCAUUUCAACAACUGGAUAAUUUUAUCCACCAGUCUGCAACUGAAAUACCAAAGACAAUCGGAGUAUCCAUACCUAUGAAAGCAACUUUCUUCAUAACUUACAUCAUGGUUGAUGGGUGGGCUGGAGUUGCUGGGGAGAUUUUAAGAUUGAAACCCUUGAUAAUCUAUCACCUGAAAAUGUUUUUCAUGGUGAAGACCAAAAAGGAUAUGGAAGAGGCGAUGGAUCCAGGAACUCUUGGUUUCAACACAGGGGAACCACAAAUACAACUUUAUUUCUUACUUGGCCUCGUUUAUGCUGUGGUGUCGCCCAUCUUACUUCCUUUCAUUAUAGUAUUCUUUGCCCUCGCAUUUGUUGUGUAUCGUCAUCAGAUUAUAAAUGUUUACAAUCAGGAGUAUGAGAGUGCUGCAGCAUUCUGGCCUGAUGUCCAUGGACGCAUCAUAGUAGCAGUAAUUGUCUCACAGCUACUGCUAAUGGGAUUGUUAAGCACAAAAGAAGCGGCUCAGUCAACACCGUUGCUCAUUGCACUCCCAGUAUUGACAAUAUGGUUCCAUUUGUUCUGCAAAGGCCGUUAUGAACCUGCUUUUGUUAGAUAUCCAUUGCAGGAAGCAAUGAUGAAAGAUACAUUGGAACGAGCCAGAGAGCCCAACCUGAACUUGAAAAGCUUCCUUCAAAACGCUUACAUCCACCCAGUUUUUAAAGGCGAAGACGAUAGUGACAGCGAUGAAGCGCCUGAAGAGUUUGAGAAAGAACCUGAUCUGGUCCCAACAAAGCGCCAGUCUCGAAGGAAUACACCAUUGCCAAGUAAACAUGGCUCAGCUGCAUCCUCCCAGCCUGAAGCUCAGGAUUAUCCACUUCUUUGAAACUCGUGUGUACAUGCGAGACCUUGGAAAAUUAAACUGGCUGAGCUCAGAAGAGAUUGUACAUGGGAUAGUAGGAUAUGAAGACUGAGUGAGCCGUGCAGAAGAACACAACUGGGAAAUAGGAACAACUAGAGAGAGAGAUGUUGAGAAAAUUCUAGUUUCUACGUCUGGUUUAUAUUAGGUUGGCUUUAGUUUGAUGGAAACAGCUAAAAGGUUGAGCAGAAUAAUUUGUUCAUGCAUUUGUCAUAAUUUUGUUUAUAUUUCCUAGUAGGAAUAUUUGUUGAACAAUAGUUGAAAACACUAAAGUACACUCAGUUUCCUAUUCAA